AUGUUUGUGAUCGACAUUGAACAUCGAUGUAUCGCAAGCACACCCCCAAAUUGCCGUUAUGUAGCACUAAGCUAUGUCUGGGGCAAAGUAGAAAUGCUCAAGCACACAUGCGCGAACUCUACUUUUCUCCGCACGCCAGACUCCCUUUGUAAAUCGGAUCUUCCGACAACUAUUCGCGAUGCGAUGUCUCUGGUUGAAAAUAUGGGAGAAAAGUACUUGUGGGUCGACGCGCUCUGUAUUAUUCAGGACAGUCUGAUGAUGCAGCAAACGCAAAUAGCCAAAAUGGACCAAAUAUAUGCAAAGGCCUUGUUCACUAUCGUUGCUGCUACU